AUGACGCUACCGAGCGACGCGCAGAUCGUCAAGAAGGUCCAUUCAAUCAUCGUCAAGGCUCUUGAGGAUGAUACUAUUGGUGAAUACUCGAAGCGAAAGGUCCGCGAGAUGCUCACUGAGCACUUUGGCGUCGAUUUCAAGCCUAGGAAGAAGUCCUUGAACCAAAUCAUUCAGGAUCAAGUCAACAAAGUCUCAGGAGAAAGUGAGAAAGCCAAGUCGCAACCCAAAGCAUCGACGUCGCGCUCAUCAUCUCCGAAGAAGGCUUCACCAACAAAAGCUUCUCCGCCGAAGUCGACUAAAUCAGCAAAACUUACCAAGAAGGGUCCAGCGAAACGCAAGGAGCCAUCAUCAGACGAAGAAAGGGUGGAAGAAGGCGAUUACAAUGGAUCCAAUGACGAGAGAGAUUACGAGGACUCCGUCCAGGCUGCUGCAGCUAGCAACUCCGACAGCUCCGAACCAAAAGCAGAGGAAGAGUUCAGCGAACUCGAAGAAGAUAUCUCCAUCUCACGAGCUCGCAAGAAAUCCAAACCCAACAAAACCAAAAGCACCUCUUCCUCUACGUCCAAGUCGAAAUCGCCACGUACGAGCUCAACUGGUGGUAGUGAAGCAGAACAGCGUCUAGCACGCCUUAAAAAGCUCGUCGUGGAAUGCGGAGUGCACAAACCGUGGAAGAAGCUCUAUGAAGCAGCUUCUAUCUCCAAAACGGACUUGGCCGGGCAGUGUAGAAUAGUGCAAGAUGUGCUCAAGGAGUUGGGUAUGACCGGUAAAGGAUCUAUGGAGCAAGCGAAAAAAAUCAGAGAACAGAGAGAGUUUGCCAAUGAAUUGGAGUCGUUGAAGGAGAACAUUGUGAUUGAUGAUGAAGGGAGGGGAGGUAGAGCGAGAAGGACACGAGGGUCUAUCAGUGGGAGAGGAAGUGGAGCAACAAAGAAGCAGGCGAUCAACGUCAGCGAUGAUGAUGAUGAUGAUGAUGAUGAUGAUGAUGAUGAUGAUGAUGAUGAUGAGGGUGAAGAUAGUGACUUUAAGGAAGUCGCUUCAACUCGCAAGAAGACAGCUUCGAAAGCAAAAGUAGCAGAAUCGAGCACGGAAGAUAGCGAAGAUGAAGGACCGAUAGGAAGGAGCUUCAAAUCAUCGCUUGCAAGCUUCGCAGCCGACCUGAAUUCGGAUUCAGACUGA